AGGGAGGAUCUCGUUGUGUGCUUUGAGGAAAGAGUCGUGUCAUCCUGGUGGUCAUAGCGGCGACGAGAGAGCGGCCGGUCCGACAGCCUUCCACUACUUGCACGACUGUAUUGGUCAGUCUGUUACCCGCUAUGCCGCUGCCCGUUGCGCUGCAGACCCGCUUGGCCAAGAGAGGCAUCCUCAAACAUCUGGAGCCCGAACCGGAGGAAGAGAUCAUUGCCGAGGACUAUGAUGAUGAUCCCGUGGACUAUGAGGCCACCCGGUUGGAGGGCCUUCCACCAAGCUGGUACAAGGUGUUUGACCCUUCCUGCGGUCUCCCUUACUACUGGAAUGUGGACACAGACGUCGUGUCCUGGCUCUCCCCACAUGACCCCAACUCCGUCGUUACCAAAUCUGCCAAGAAGCUCAGGACCAGUAAUGUAGAUGCUGAGGAGAAGUUGGACCGGGGCCAUGACAAGUCUGACCGGGGCCAUGACAAGUCUGACAGAGAUCGAGAGCGUGUCUAUGACAAGGUGGAGAGAGAGAGAGAGCGGGACAGGGAACGGGAUCGGGACCGUGGGUAUGACAAGGCAGACCGAGAAGAGGGCAAAGAACGACGCCACCAUCGCCGGGAGGAGCUGGUUCCCUACCCCAAGAGCAAGAAGGGUAAGCCAGUGGCAAGCCGAAAGGAUGAAGAGUUAGACCCCAUGGACCCCAGCUCAUACUCCGAUGCGCCCCGGGGCACAUGGUCAACAGGACUCCCCAAGCGGAACGAGGCCAAAACGGGGGCUGACACAACAGCAGCCGGGCCCCUCUUCCAGCAGCGUCCAUACCCAUCCCCAGGGGCUGUGCUCCGGGCCAAUGCCGAGGCCUCCCGAACCAAGCAGCAAGACUGAACCUUCGCUCUCCCAAGUACCCCAAGGGUUAUUAAUAAACGCCUUUCUGUGUAUCAUGUC